CCGUUUUCACUUUCUGUGGUCUUUUUAAAGUGUUACGUUGCGUGUGUUGGUUUUGGUUGGCAAAAAGGACCGGGUGAACACUUAAGUGGGUUGCAGAUUGUGACGUGCGAGGGCAAACCGGCCUAUCAAAAGUGAGAGGUGCCAGCCAGUCGGACGGGUCACGUCGUGAAAAGAGAGAAUAUACUUUUUACAGAAGCUGAAGAGUACAUUUGGUUUCUCUUCUCGUGCUAAGUGAGAGUGGAACUUCCGCUCAGAAAAUUGGUGGGGAACUCCUCGGACGGACCGCAUAAUCGAACUGCUGGGAAAGGUCCCUGAAAAACGACAUUAAACCAACCACAAUGAAGGAGGGGGGACCGUGGCGGAUUUGGAUAUUGACACUAUUACUCGUUGGUAAUUUGUGCAUUCAAAUUUCAGAAUGUCAAUCCUACAACGAGGGUGGAGCCAGAGGAGAUGAGGGUGCUCUUGGAUUCGAUGGCGUACUUCAGAGACACGACGGAUAUGUAAAAGGAGAAACUCCAACGAUACCACAGACAAGUUUCAGUUGUUCCGCUCAACCAUACAAUCCUGGUCUCUAUGCUGACGUGGAAACACAAUGUCAGGUGUACCACGUAUGCUUCGAAGACCGCCAGGAAAGUUUUCUAUGCGGACCGGGAACAAAUUUCAAUCAAAGAAUUCUAGCUUGUGAUUUUUGGUACAAUUUCGAUUGUAAUGAAAGCCCUAGCUUCUAUAAUGUUAAUGCUGAUAUAGGAAAAGUGCCAGAUGUACUAUUUAAGCCUGGUCAAGGACGAGUAACUGGUGGUCAGCAACCCUCUAUUCCAAAUUAUCCAAGGCAACCAGAGCAGCCUCCAUCAGUUGGGUCGUAUCCUCCUAGAGUAAGCAUCCCUCCUCCUCCCCGAAAUGACCCUCAACCUCCUGUUCAGAGACCUGAGACAUCAGUUUUUCAACCUCAACAGCCUGUUCAGCGACCUGAGACCUCGGUGUUUCAACCUCAACCUCCAGUUCAGCGACCUGAGACAACAGUAUUUCAACCUCAACCACAACCACCAAGAAUCCAACCACAGCCACCAAGAAUUCAGCCCCAGCCUCAGCCACCUAGGAUUCAGCCCCAGCCACAACCACCUAGGAUUCAACCUCAACCACAACCACCUAGAAUUCAGCCUCAGCCUCAACCACCAAGGAUUCAACCACAGCCACAACCACCUAGAAUACAACCACAGCCUCAGCCUCAGCCUCCUAGGAUUCAGCCACAGCCGCCACGAGUUGAUGUAAAACCUCAAUAUCCAACUCAAACUGUAGAUCAUGGUUCAGGCAGUAGGCAACCUCAGCAACCUUAUCCACCAUCUAUUCAACAGGAGGAAGAUUCUGGAUAUCAGUUUGAUGGCUACCAGCCUCCUAAACCAGUUUCAUUGCCUCUUCCACCCCCACCUCCCCCUAAGACACCGAGACCUUCAUUCCCCCCUGUAGUUUCUCCACCACGUGUGUCUCGUCCCCCUCUUACACCACCAAUAAUUAGGCAGCCUGAAGGUUCAGUAUCAAUUCCUAGAAUCCCUGUUUCUGUUACUCAGUCAGAAUAUCAUCCAGAUUCUAAUUUAAAAGGCAAUGUAGGAUACCAGCCUCCCCAACAACCACGAGUUCCCCAACCCAGCCGUCCUGUAGGUACUGGGUAUCCAAACUAUCCUGUUUCCCCAAGACCCGUUUCACCCCGACCAGUUUCACCUAGACCAAUACCACAAAGACCUGUUGGUAGACCUUCUUAUGUACCACCUUCAACAGUCCAACAAGAACAUGUGGAUACUGAAUACGUUCCUCCACCUCCACCACCUCCUCCUAGGCAGCCUUCAAAGCCACCAACUUCUUUUGUUCCACCCCCAGUUCAACAAGAAGUAACAAAUGUUGGUUUCACAAAACCUCCCCAACCACCUUCUCGACCUUAUGUUCCUCCACCAAUAUCUCAGAAACCCGUUGAUCCUAAUUAUGGAAAGCCUCAACCUCAACCUCCAGUUUCUCCAUCAAUCGUAAAUGAGCAACAAAAACCAGCAGGUCGUCAGCCAUCUAGACCACAGGUAUCAACUGGAGUCCGUCCACCACAGCAACCAAGACCACCUCAACAACCAAGGCCUGUUUUUCCACCAGCAUCCGAUCAUCCAAAUUCUAAUAUCAAAGGCGGUCCUGGAUACAACCAACCACCUCCACAAAUACCAAGAUUCGAGCCAACUAGAAUAGGUCGGCCAUCUUCUCCACAAGGCGGCUACGUACCACCUCAGCCUGUCCGUCCUCGUCCUGAAACAAUCAGUGCCGUAAAACCUGCAGGUGAAAAACGGCCUAGCACUUCAACAUCAAGUGGAUAUAAGCCACCUCAACAAGACAGAAUCAAAAAGCCAAGUGAGCCUUCUAGAGGAGUAUAUCAACCACCAAUCCAAGUAAUAGACCAUCCCCAACGUGAAAUAAAGGGAGCAGAUUAUCGAGAUCCUGUAAUACAUCAGCAACCACAAGGAAUUAAAUCGCCUUCGACUUCCGUCUCAGGUGUUAAAUUGCCACAAGGUAGCCGACAUCCUCAGCCACAGGUUCAACGUCCACGAGCACCAGUAGUAGUUUCCAGACCUCAACCGCCAUCGAUUCCUGCUGCUGUAAAAAGGCCCACUCCAGUUGAUAGCCAGCUGUAUGAGAAAACACGUCCUCAACCCCCAGCCCCACAACCUGGUAGGAUUAAACAACCCUCUCAAAUUCAGACUGUUUCACGACCAUCUGAACCACGAUUCCCUUCUCACCAACCAAUAGACCAUCCUAAUGCUAACGUAAAAGGAGGAUACAAUCAGCCAAGACCACAAAGUCGUCCAUCAGGACCACCAUCUUCACCUUCGACUGCGUACGAGCAGAAAACGACUUCGACAGGCCAAAACCGACCGAUUGCAAGCGGAUAUCCAUCUCCAGUUAGCACUCCUUCUCGAGGAGAUGGAGCAUAUGUUCCUCAACGAACAAAAACAGCUCCUACUUCAGGAGUGAAGACGACAUCUGGAGUAAAGACAGUUUCAGGAGUAAAGACGACCGGUGGUUAUCAACCACAAUCUUCAUCUCAGCUAGGCCAGCCAUCGAAAGUGCCUAGACCUGAAUAUGAUAGCGGUUCCAGUUACACUCGAGGACCUGACAUUUAUCCUAAACCAGAAUUCGGGCAGCCAAAUGCACCUUAUCAACCUAUCUCUACACCAUCCAGAAUCAACCAAGGUACGAAACAAGGAACUCCUUCUCAAAAUACCAUAACAAGUUCUCAAGUCAAGCCAGCAUAUCAAGGAUCGUCGACUUCUUCAGGAUCUGGAACUCAAGUUCGACCAGAUUAUACAAAUAGACAGAUUCCUGGUCACCAGCCACCCUACCAGAGACAAGUCUUCCCUCACCGAGAAAAUCCCGACCAUCCGAACGAAAGUUUAAAAGGAAGUGGUGCUUAUCGACCUCCACCACCAGCUGGCUUCCAAGCAGCUGCUUCUGAAGUAAACGAACAGAAGAUUUUACCACAGCCUGAACCAGAACCAGCAGCAGCACCACUCCUUGGCGACAUUGGAGCUGAGUAAAUGUGUUACUAAUAUGCACACAGUAGAACUGUUUAAUUAACUGUUUGGACGUUGGUUAGUAUCCCCAUUCAAUGGGCUAUAAAUUUAUAAACAUUCGAAGAUAACGAAGACAGGGGAUAGUAAGGGAACCUAACGUUCUCAGUCGCACAAAAGUUGUUUUACGUUGUGUUUCUAAUAACUGUCAUCUUUCAAUUUUUGCUGAUGUUUAAAUUUUUAAAUAUGAAUUUUCUUCAAUUUUAAUCCUUUAAUAUGCAAAUAUUGUUUAUUCUAUUAUGAAAUCUUUAUCAAUAAUAUUAUGUACUUACGAUUUCUAUAUCGAUACUCAAAUUUGAAGAAGAAUGUUUAAAAUUUGUUAUGAUGAAUCUGUGAUAAAAUAAGUUAGCUCUUAAUUAAUGCAUACUGUGCCAAUUUCAAACCCAUCCCAUACGGCUAAGAAAAUUAUAUGUUACUUACAUAAUUUAUUAACAAAAGCAGAUUAAUUAUAUCAACAUGAAUUUUUCGGUGCAAAUGGAAACAGAUGACAAAUUUUUUUCAUCAUAUUCAAAUAUUCUACAUACAUGUAAAUAAGUAUUUUUUAGAUUUGUUUAAUCUUUGUGAUUUCUAUGUUAAAGCUUUGUUGUAUUUCUCAGACGAAAACAAGUCUGCUCUGCUUUUCUGGGGUAUUUGAAUAACUUAUUGUUGUAUUUGGCCCUGCUUUUCCCUUCGCCUGUUUAUACUACAAGAAUAAUCAGCCCAUACAAAAGAGUAUCUCCAUACUUUAUUUUUUUUAAUGAACGUUUUUUUUAUAUUUAUUCUUUCAUAAAUCAAAGAUCUGACAUAUCAGUGAUAUUACUUAUUCUAGACUUUCCUUACCAUUCAAUAGAUCUGAGAACUUUUUAUCGAACUAGUGAAGGGAGAAGCAAAAUAUUUCUUGAUUUCCAUCGAGGCAAGUCUGGUUUCUGGAUUGACGUUCCUUUUAUAACUUUCAAUACAAGUCUUACAGAAUCCUUACUGCCCGUGGAAAUGUUGAUGCUAUUCUUAUGUCCACUCUUUGUAUGUUUUUGCUUUGUAUGUACGUAUCAGUAUGUAUAAGUUUAUUAAAGUGUUUCUUUUUCUAA